UCUCACCUGAAAUCGGAAUAAUAACUGUCCCAGCGUAUAUUGAAUAUGUGAAUAUGCAUAUAGUGAAAUAUGUGAGGAUUUAGCGUUGCCGCGUUGCCUUCUCUGUACAGCAAUCCGUGCAUUAAUUAGUCGCUUAAUUAUUUUGUUCAUUCAGAAACGUUUGUAUGUCGGGUGUUUCUCCCGUCCUCGGAUUUACGCGACGAAAGUGUACUCGCCCACGCGUUUGGUGAUCCGUCUCGUAGCGACGACUGAGCGAACAGACGUGUUAUUCUUUGCAACAUAACAUGUAUAAAUACGACGCAACGUAUUAAUAACCAUCCUAUUGGCUUGUUUCGCCGAGGCGCAGCGGAGGAAGACCCGGAGUGACAAGAUUGGAUCCGCCCACGGCGCUGUAACAUCCCCGUAAUUGCGCGAAGAAGAAAUCGUUACAAUUACACGCACAUGAUGCGACGCGAGGCGUCCAAGGCGUGGCGUCAUCGAACACGAUUAGCUCGUCAUCGACGCAUCAAAGACUUUUCACAGUAGCGAAAGUGGAACCACCCACUCGCGCAAUCGCGAUAAUGCGCCGUAAUCCGCGCGUAGGAAUAAAUAACUACGUACGUGACUGAGGGAGCAAAUACGAUUAUGCACGCGAACGUAAGGCGCUAAUGACCAGCGUCGUCGAACCCCGAGCUCCUCGACAUAUCGAAGGGAGAGGAGUGAACUGACGAAAGUGAAUCCGCCUACGCGGUGAACCGCGAUUUCGCUGGGGGGGCCCCGAGUGACCGUCCUGAGUCACGAUCCACUAAUUAAGCCACCGGUAGUCAUAGCUCAGCGUGAUUGAACUUGCUCGAUUUAUUACGAAGGCAUGAAAGAUUUAACGGCAUCAGAAAAACGUGAUAUCGUCUCGUGAUUCACGUGAAGGACGGGCCGGCUUAUCGAUCACAUGCAUAACUCAGAAGCGGGGCUAGUGCGAAGGAAUUCGAUUGGUCUGUCAUUACCGAGGCAUCAUAAAAGAAUUGUACAAAUCGCGCGGAACCUUGGCGAGGUGCGCAGGUAUCUCCUUGACCAAUGACACGUGACACCUGAUUGCAAGACACCUCGAAGUCAGCCUGAUCGGAAACGAUCUCGGCUCACCGUCAUCGCUUACACCUCCGGCAAACGGUGGCGAUUAUCAUGGCCAUUGCAGGAUGCCUCCAGGAGACGCCUAAGUGACGACUUAAUCCGAUCGCUAAUUGUCGCGGGAUCACCACGGAUUAUGGAUGUUGCGUCGCUACGUGAAUCAACUCCGUUCGCCUUCGUUUCGGGUUCAUCGGCAGAGCUGAAUGUCAGAUUUGCGACACGAGCAACGAAGAAACUGUCAAUUGAUCGACUACUACGUACCGUUCGCCUAUCAUGACGUCCUGAGUAGACUCUUUAUCGUCGAUUUACGACUUUCUUAUAAAUCGCACAACCCGUAUUGUAGUUAUGGCCUGUAAAUAUCCCGCAAUCUGUUGGAGAACCGGACGAUCCACCACGGCCAAUAUCGGCACGCGGUUUAGCGUUGGUGUGUCAUUGUGAGAAGCCGAGGCAACGUUUCAAUGCGACUAUCGGUGACCGUCGCCGUGACGUGUUUACAUGACUAUCAACGCGACCGUAACUCGUACCUGAACGAACGCAUCGAUAUCUUCCUCAAGUAUCGCCGAUUACGAUAAUGUCGAUUAUGAUAACAUCGAGAUUCAAUUAAGAACACGACCAACCGAGCAGACUCAUAAUUUCUUCAAUCGAGCUGUUAUUAACGAUAGGACGCACAGGAGCCAGGCUUGGCUUUUGCCCGUAAUCUAAGUUUGGACCAUGUCGGCACAAAUGCAACAUCGAUAGGAAUAGAGAGAUCGAGGAUAAAUUCGAGUCAAUUCGCUUUAAGCUCGGCUUUAAGCUAAGGCGCUGCGGCGAGAAUUGACGCCGCAGAGAUUUGAUUAUUUACGUCCCGACGUCCGCCGACAAUUAACUGAUAAGAUUCGCUUGACCAGAGCUUGAGGGGCCAGCGGAGAUUCUCAGGUAUUUCACGGGGAAACGGAGCAACGAAAGAAGGGAACAAAGAGGGGACCAAUAUUUAGCAGCAGCAAUAAUCGACGAAGGGACCACGAGAUUUAAUUAAAUAAGCCAGUCGUCAUGAUGGAUUGGGGAAUACGACGUUCCAUUAUGUUUCACGUGAGAAGGAGGCCCGCGGAUUACAUGCCGCGGAAACGUAAAAAGAAACCAGCCGGAAAGUGGAACGAGCUGGAUCACAGGUACGAGGACGAGAGGCUACCGUUCCUGCUGGAACUUAAUCCUGACGGCAGCGAUAUCCCGAACGGUGCCGGUGUGCGACACCGAUUGCAGCCAAAUGUCACGGAGGUCGGGUCGGAGAGACCGAUAGGACCGCAAGCGGUGCAAGCACAGACGCUGACGCUGCCGGGACCGACGGUGAUGCCCAGGCAUUGCGUCAUAGCCUUCACCGAGAACAUCGUGACCCUCACGCCGUGUUCCAGAGACGCGCACACAUACGUCAACAAUCAGAGGAUACACCAGACAACCAUUCUGCAGAAUGGAGCUAUCAUCAAGUUCGGCAGAAUGCACACCUUUCGAUUCAUCGACCCUGCGCCGGAAGAGCGCAUUAGGCAGAGACAGGACUCCAACAAACAGAUCGACUACGCUUACGACCGACGCUCGCCGGACGCGACCAGUCAGGACGUCAGCUCGGAGAAGUUUCAUCCGGGAUCUGGAACGCUGAACGGCGGUGGCCAGAUCCCGGGCCAGGCCCAGGAGCGAGCGGCCCCGUCGAGCCCCUCCAAGUCCGCUGUCGCCGCAGUUCGUAGUCCACGUAGUCCCACGCACCCGCCGGAGCCUACGCACAAUUACGAGACCACAUUCGACCUGGACGGAAACGUGGAGACCGCAAGUCUGAGCAGCAGCAGGGACGGCAACAGGCUCUCACAAUACGAUCGGCAACCGCGAGGCACGGAUCCGAUCCUGCCAGCUGUCUUGGAGUUCCUCGAGGAGACAGAGGAGACGUUCCUCCACGCAGUCAUCACCGAUGUAGAGCCCUCGGCGCCACAUUUCAAGUUGGCGCCAACUUAUACCCUCUAUCUCAGCGCGAGAUAUCGCGCCAGCACCCACUACAGACCAGAAUUGCAGCCCACGGAAAGAGCGCAUCGACUUACCGUCAUGUUGGCGAAUGUCGCUACCAUGAUCCAACGUGUUAUCCAGGAACGUUACAUGGACGCUUCGUCGUUGGCCUUCUGGUUGGCGAACGGCUCCGAGCUGCUACACAUGUUGAAAAGUGACCGGCACGUGGGUGCAUUUUCCACACGGGCGCAAGACAUCCUGGCGGACGCGGUGCAUACAGCCUUCGGCUCGCUGGUGCGCUGCGUCACGUUAGAACUCACGCCGGCAAUGACACAAUUCAUGGCGGAUGCAGAUGAGCCGGCAAAGGAGGCUGGGGUGCUGCAGAUCUUCUCAAACACGAUGGCCUUACUGCGACGAUGCCGGGUGAAUGCCGCGUUGACGAUACAGCUGUUCAGUCACCUGUUUCACGCGAUCAACGCGACAGCCUUCAACACCCUCGUCUCGAACGGAAAUCUAUGCGUCAGGUGGUUCGGACGCAGACUCAAAGCGAGGCUGAACGCACUGGAGACCUGGGCCGAGAGGCAAGGCUUGGAACUCGCGAGUCAAUGCCAUUUGGCGACGAUCAUGCAGGCGACACAUCUACUACAGGCUCCCAAAUAUAAUGCCGAGGAGUUGGCCACACUAAGUUCGACCUGCUUUAAAUUGAAUUCACUGCAAGUGAGGGCGUUACUACAGAAAUAUCAACCGGCUGCGGAUGAGCCGAGGCUACCUGCCGAAUUGAUUGAGAACGUGGUGAGAGUAGCAGAGAGUGUCGCGGAUACACUUGCACGUGCAGAUGGCCGUGAAAUAAGAUUAGAAGAAGAACCUGUCCUAGGAUUGGCAUUAUUACUUCCCGAGGAUGGUUACAGCUGCGAAGUAAUAAGAGGCGUUCCGCCAGGACUAGCAGAAUUUCUGGCACCUCUACAACGAGACGGUCUGUGUCGAAUGGCGGCUCAACCCACCAGUAGUGGCUAUUGGACUAUUUAUAUGAUAGAUCAUCACAACAAUUUGCGUAGUCCCAGCGCAAUGAGUAACAGAUCGGGUGGCUACAUCGGUCACAUCAAUCAAAACCAGGCUCAACCUGAGAUACAUGUUAUUAAAUUGCACAAGAGUACCAACGGCAUGGGCUUAAGCAUCGUUGCAGCAAAGGGCGCAGGACAGGACCGAUUAGGUAUCUAUAUCAAAAGCGUUGUUGCUGGCGGAGCCGCUGACGCUGAUGGUAGAUUAACGGCGGGCGAUCAACUACUCAAGGUAGACGGACAAAGUUUGGUCGGGAUUACGCAGGAAAAGGCCGCCGAGUAUCUUGUGCGUACCGGUCCGAUCGUGACAUUGGAAGUCGCAAAACAGGGCGCUAUAUAUCACGGACUUGCAACGUUAUUAUCUCAACCUUCUCCUGUGAUGACAAGAGCAUAUAAGACACGGCCAAGGUCCGAGCUCUUAGAGCCGGCGACGGAGAUGACCAAUAAUCAACCAGCCACGUCACACUCGAUGGGCGACUUAUUGUCCGUACCGAAGCAGACGCCGUAUCAGGAUUCAGUUCAAUCAGGUGCGAUCCCGUCUCAAUACGACGAGACAUUCUUUUAUCAUAAUCAACUCGACCGAGGUUUUCCACGAGUCAACGUCGACGAGUACCGUUCCAUGCGGCAAGAUCCGUUCUCCAUCUUCCGUCAGAGAGGCGCGUAUUCCGGUGUCUAUUCCGUCGACGCGUAUCGCGGCGCCGUCGACGAGAGGGAACACGUCUAUCGUCCUUCCACCCCUACCGUGUCUCCCGUGCGUCUCCUGAGACCUCGUAUGCCCUGUCCCCUGAUUUCUAUCACGAGCGACAACGAAAUAUCAUCUAUUAUAUAUCAGGAUGAGAGUGACGAGAGCGACGAUAAGAUCAUAGAGGAAGAAGAGGGUAACACGGAACAAGGUGGAGCCGCGAAUUCGAGUAAUUCGAAUUAUUCGACGGAUACUUUGGAUCCAUUCGAAAGGAUCACCACUCCGCCGCAGGAGUAUGCGGGCACUACGGAAGAUCACAAAUACUCGUUACUGACGGAGCCGUUGACUUUCGAUAAAAAUCUUUUCGAUGCUAUACCUUACAUCGAUCAAACUGACGAGACUAAUUACACAGAAUUCUCUGAAUGUGUUCAGGCGGAACCGAGUAACAAAUGCGAGCAUUGUAUUAAAGCCGGUUGUGACAACAAUUUUAAUCUUGGAGACUCUCAGAAACGCAUAAAUGUAGAACGCAAUAGAAAGCAGACUCUGACUGUUCCAGGAUCUAAUUUCGAGUUGGAUAUGCGUAACAUUCCAAACUUCUCAUCGAUCACUGGCUCGUUUCCUGCACAUAAAUCAGUAUUGUUCGUCAAAGACGCUACAGCUGGGCCAAGUUCCGUUGUUGAAGCUAAAUCGAGUAACUUGUCACAACUUCAAGGCGUAAACGAUACCACGAAACGUACAUCGGAUAUCGAUGAGGAUAAAUUGGACGACAUUUCCAAUUCCGAAGAUUGCGCGGAUGAGUCCAGUUCCACGAUUAACGAUGAUUGUGCGUCGAGUAGAGCCGAUAAAGAUGCCGAGGAAGGAAUCUCGACUCCUAAGAUGUACACGAUAAUGCCAGAGUUGCAUCUCGAUCUAAGCGGGCUGAACAGCGAUGUGUCUAGUGAUGAGUCCAAAACAGAGAAAUGUUGGAAGUCACCGGAAGAAGUGCGUUUAGGGUGCGGCAGAGUCGCAGCGCUAGCGAAACAUUUCUCGAAACUUGGCGAUGCCGGUCUGAUCAAAUUCAAGUCCACCAAGUUAAACGGCUCCCGUCAAUUCGUGUCGGAACCGAAUAUUAUAACGCCGGACAAGAGCGACGAACAUUUGCAUCGACCUUGUCACGCGCAGAAAGAAUACAAGUCGGACUCGGACUUGGCGAGGGAAGGCGACGAAAACUCUCGGAUCUGCUCAGCUGGGAGACGCAACAAUAUUGUUCUAGUUGACGUCGAAGCCAACGGCGAUUUCGCGAUUGAGGAAUGUAGGCUUCAUCAUUGCGGCGCUAGACGAGUCACAAUUGCCAGGAUCCCAGUGAACGAACAAGUUACGAUUGAUACUAAGAAAGAUUCGAUUCUGGACGAGAAUCAUGAUCAGAAUAUUAUCAAAGUUAAAAAUCAAACUUUACUUGGUACGAAAAACAUAGCUUCGUCAAAGGUUGAAAAUGUAUCGAGUAAUGAUAGCGAAGACCAGGGGUUUCUCGAUAUAAAAAAGGACGCAGAAGUUGCACACAUUACGGCAAUCGACAACAGCAAAUCUACAAUGGAAAGUAAAAAUGUGGAGAAGUUGUUUCCAGUUAAUAUCAAAGAUAGCAGCUCCAAGCUCUCACUCAAGCAGCAGCAAGUGAUCGCAGAGCAACUCGAGCAGUUUUCAAAUCUGGACAACACCGAUGCGCCUCUGUUUAUUCCGGAGCAAGACAUGGCCUCUUGCAUUUCCAUGAUAAGUGAAAAUAACAAUAUAUUUGCUUUUAGCGACUCGUCAAAUCCGAUAGAUCAAUCAGAAGCGACAGCUCGAGAGAAAUUAUCAUCGUUGAUCGAGAAAAACGAUAACUUUCGAAAAAUGAAAAAAUCUUCUGACUCUUCGUCAUCUUCUUCCCUGCCUCUCUCUUCGCCUCCCUAUUCUUCCAUCGUACUAUCGCUCUCGAACAUUGCGAAGAGUUCUUUGUCCUUGGAAGAUGUCAGGUCACAGGCUCAUCGAUAUUGCGAAAAACAUCCCAAAUGCCUAUUCGUAGAUAUUUCUCGUUCCGCUGUUAAGAGUUGCUCCUCAGAGAACUCGUUGAUGCUUUCGCGACGUACAAAUGCAUAUUCACGAUUGAGUGAUAACAAACUGAACGUUCUACGAAUGCGAAUUGCCAGACCUCUCUGUAACAGUGAGAACAAUCUGAUCGGUGCCGCAAUUUGUGGAAAAAAGGAGACUGAGAGAGCCGUAGAUCUUCAUGACAAAUCCACCAAGCUGACGCGAAGCUGCGAAAGUAUUUCGAGUAAUAAAUUUUUAACUGAUUCUGACGAUCAAACGCGAUCCUCUGACAAUCUUUGCGAAGAUUCAUUUUGUAAGUCUUGGAAUAGAUCGAUCUCAAGCCCCAAGGGAAGUACGCGAUGGCAUCGUCAUCGCUCCCUCGAAGAGUUGAAAUCGAAAAAAGGCUCGAGGAAGCGAGACAGUUCGACGAGUUCUGCUUUGAUUCAAGCUACCGAAGUCCAAACAAAACUUGGCAAAUCCUUUGACGAUAAAUUAGAUUCCAAGGAUGGCAAGGGCGCGCAAUGGAAUCGUCAUCUGUCUCUCGAAGAAUUGGAGAAAGACUCGCGCGAGCAAGGCAGCUGGACGAAUCUAGAUCGAACUGCUCAAGUACAGAGAUCUGACUGGAUGUUGAAAAAGAGAUUUCGCACAAAGUGCACAAGCUCCGAUCGACCGAGAGACAGCUCUCUUAAAUUAUCACGUAAAAACGAGACAAGAGACGUGGAACGCUUGCGAGCGGAACGAAAAUCUCAGAGCGAGUUUGACGUUUCGAGACGGAAGUCCGAUUCGGAGAGGGACGGUUGGAGCUUCCGCGAGAUCAGCUCGCUGAGAAACGAUGACCGGUCCGUCUUGCGUCCUCGUCGCAUGAGCGAGCGGGAUUUACCGUCGCGGCUUGGACACGACGCCACUCCUCAGCAAAUCCACAGCAGCAAGUCUGUGCCGGCAUUGCAUAAUAUGGGUACCGAGACCAAGCCACAGCACGAGGUGUUUAAUCCCGGAUACAGCAGGGCUUCUUCCAGCAACAGCGUUACACCGCCUGUUCAACCGCCCCCUAUGGCGACGAUCAACAGCGCAACUUCCUUACGUUCCAGGUCGAGCCACAACUUGCACGAUCCCAUGAGAAUCGGAACUUUACCGCCCACCGGCUUGGUCAACAGGCAGCAAUCGUCACCUAAUUUAAAUCCAAAUACAACGCACAUGAACGCACCGUCGAAUGCACAUGGCACGGAAGCGGAGCGAUUUUAUCAGAAUCUGAGUAUUUAUCGAAAUCAAGACUCGGCGGUGAAGCAACAAAUUAAUCCACAACAACCAGAUGAUAGGAAUCCUCAGCACGUUCAAAAGAGUACCCUGAGAGGUUCGCAGAACUCGCUGAACCGUCCGUCUGCCAUGGAAGUCGGCGGCCACAUCCGAGACCGUCCGACGUCCGCGUACGUCAUCCAAGGCCAGCAGCAAAGCUACUCGGCGGUCAGCAAUCAGAUGCAACAACACAGUGGCGGACCACCGCCGCGUUCCCAAUCCUCGCGCGACAUUAUCCGCCAAGAGGCGAAGAUGCAGGAGAUGCAGGAGGAGGUUCGUCGACGGGAGUUGCGUGGCUGCGCGCCGCUGCUUAAUCAGCAUAGACCGCCGGGGAUGUACAACAUCGGUGCUCGAGUGGCAGCUCCUCCCACUCAACAGAUGUUGAAUACCUUGAACGUACGCUCGCCAAGACCACUCGGUUCCACGUCGAGUCUGGGCCCGACCUCCAGCUACGCCGCGAGGCAAAACGCGCCCAGUUACAAUUACCCGGACGCGCAGUACGCAUCUCAGUAUAACAGCGCGCAGUAUGGUCAGUACGGUCCGUAUAAUCAGUAUCAUCCCAACCGAUAUCCGGGUAUCGGAGGUCAAUACGGCCCGAUGAUGCCCAAGCCGAAGAACGAGACGGUCGCGCGCGGCCAUCAACCGAUGCCCAAUGAGAAUCUGCUCGGUAGAGAAUCGAGCAGUCAGGAGACCAAGUCCUAUGCUGAACAGAACCGACAGUUUGCCGGCUCGCAGAACAGUCCGCACUAUCCGAACGGCAAUCUGGACCAGCGUGUCGAUCAGUAUGGGAACGAGAACAUUGUCAAUCGUGCACAAAACGGGGAGAGCCACUCUAUGACGACGUCGGAAGUGCCGCCCACGAGACCGACUCUACCGUCUGAGGAUACAUUCAGCGACAGCCCACCACCACCACCGCCCAGCACUUCGACGCACCCUCUGUACAAGCAAGCCGAUACAAGGUAUACCGCAAGCAUGCAGGAUCCACCACGAGGUAGUUAUUACCCUGCGGGAGGAAUCAGUGCCAUGCAGCAACCGCGUCAGUAUCAAUAUAGUGCGACAAAUCCUUGGCAACGAGAAGAGAGAGAAAAGGAACAAGCCCGUAGGAGAGAAGCCGCUCGACAAUGGCGAGAUCAGCAGAUCGCCGAGCUGAGCGCGCUGACGCAUCGAACGCAGCAACAGGAGGAGCAACUGCGAGCUCUUCAACUGGAGAGAGACUUCCAGAAGCGAGCGGAGGAGAUUGCCAAUCAGGACGAUGACGAGGAGAGCAACGAUGUAGACAACGAGAGUGUGCAGCGCGUUCAAGGUUUGCUCAGAAUGGCGGCCAGUCAGGAUAGAGCUCUUCAAGGAGGUCUGCAGCCACCAAUUUUAUCGAGAAUGAUCACAGGCAACCAGUCUAUGAGAAGUGGUUUACCUCUCCAACCCCUCAGCAGUCAAUCAGUCACCAGCAGCCAUGCUCACAUUCUGACCAAUCAAACGGUGUCUCAGAAUGUUGGGAUGAGUGGUCCUGGUCAAGAACAUAGUGGCUUGCACGUGCAACCAAGUCAGCAACAACAGCAGCAGCAACAACAACAACAACAACAAGCAGCGGCAAGUCAGAGCGAAGAACAUGUAUCGACACCUAGUUAUGGCACAUCUCUUGGCCACUUCAGUUCCAGUCAGAAAUCUUAUUCCAUCGGCACGUCGCAUUCCGUGGAAGACAGAGAACUGCAACGAAGAAUGGACGAGGUGAAGCGGAAGCAGGCUGAAUACGAGGAGAACCAGAAGAAGCAGGAGGAGCAGCAGAUGCAAUCACAGCAGCAAACGUAUCAGCCGAGCCAACAUCAGCGGAGCCAGCUGCACCCCGGCAUGUUGCGCUUGGAUAACUUGAUUAUCAAUGGUCCCAACGUAUCUAUGCCUUCGCAAAAUAACGUAAACGAUGCACCUCCGCCACCAGAACGAGGCUCCAGUUACGCCGUUAUGUCUCAGCAAAGUGCUCUCAGAUCAAACGGCUCGACCACAUCAAAUCUACCUCCCACUUCUCAACAACCAGCGUCUAUGAAAAGGGUGUCUUUUCACGAUUCGAAUGCAAAUAGCGAGUCAAUGCUGCGCAAUGUGUCAUCUGGAACUUCAAAUCCGCCGUCAAUCUCAAUGGACACCAUUCGAGAAGAUCCCAACAAUUUUAUCAACGACGCGGAGAAUUUAUUAGCCUCUCCCAAGACACCGGACGGAUCCGGGACUUCGUUUACUGGCGCCACCCCCGGUGUGAUUGGGGCUCAAGAAGUCUACAAGGACCCGAGGCAAAAGCGACUGGCGGAGAAACAGAAGCAGCAGCAGAACUCACAGAUUGGCGCGGUGCCGGAGAAGCUCAGCUUCAAGGAGAAAAUGAAAAUGUUCGCGAUGGAGACCGGCGAGGAUGGCACGCCGCGAGACAAAGUGAAGAUCUCGCGUGCCCAGCGCGAGAUCGACAACAUCAGCAGUCCGCUUAAUUCUAACAGUAACAACAAUAACAACAACAACACCACCACCAGCGGCAAUAACACCAAUAACAAUAGGACCUAAACGUUACAUUUUUUAUUUUCAGGCUUUAGCAAUUAAGAUAGAUCAAAUAUUUUUUUAAAUAUCCAGGACGCUCGGAGGAAAGUCACGAUUACGAGCCGCGUAAUUGAAGGAGCACGAGAUACGCGCGAAGAGGUAAUCUUUCCAAAAUUUACGUGAUCUGACCAAAAGACAACGUUAUCACGUUGUUAACAUAAUAACGCACUUGUAGAUAUAUACCUCAAUUUUUACAAGAUUGACAAUUGUUUAAUUUAAAGAGCUAUUCAUUGGUAAAAGUAAAAGAAAAGUUUAUACAGCUUACAUUUGUAUAUUUUUAUCUGAAGAGUCAUAUCAUACAUAAUAAUUAAGAUUACCGAAUUUCUGCCUUAUUUUUCUCCCGAACGUUCUGAAUACUUUGUCAUGCGUUUUUUGUCGCAUAAAGAAAGAGACAUACAAAGAAAUAUGUAUACCGCGCAUAGUUGUAGUUCACGAGCGAUACAUUAAUUAAUUUUAAUCACUAAUGACCACACGAGGGCUACUUUGCAUUCAGAAUGAAUCCGAUUAGCCGGCGGCGAUUCUCCACACAGCGUUGAAGUACAAACAGAAUUUUGUAUAGCUCUUUGACCAAAAAAAUGUUGUGUGUUCUGCGAAGAGAAGGACCAAUAAUAACGUAACGUUGCGGACGUACUGUUAGUCGCGACGAGAAUGGAAGCUGUCCGGCCGUUCUCGUACACGACGCGUCCAAUAUUCCUGAAUACUUCCGGACCAACAUAAUCUUAUUAUAAAGUAACUGAUAUAAUCUGCCGAGACUAGUACGGCAUAGACUAAAGGCUCGCGAGUACUAAAUAAGCUUCUGAGAGGCGCGAAUUAUUUCGCGAGGGUAGCUCGCAGGUGUACAUAAAGAAAAUGCAGACAGUAGGCCGGGCAGCAUGAUUAUAUCGUACACAUUAGUUUUAUAUUUAUCUCUCGGCAGCGGAAGAUUCUGAUAUAUAUUUAAAUUGUACCACUAUAUAUGAUUUACACACUUAUGCCAUUAUGCACUUAACAAAGUACUACAAAGUAGCGAAGGUAGAUAGAAAAAUAGAACGGAAAGUAGAAAAAGAGGAGGGGAGAAUAUGUUCGCACGAGCGGGAACGUAUGUGUGCGUGUAUAUGCGUAUAAAUAAGAAAAAGGAAGAGUGCGAAACUAACGAAAGAUUUAUAUUC